AUGCUUCACAAUCCUCAAGAAUAUCCCCAGACCAGCAAAGACUUCAUACGCAUCGAUCAAACUGAAACGGUGUCGAUCGCUGUGCAGCCAGCAAUUAUCAAAACUGCUCCAACACUUUUGCGAUUCGGACCUUCGAUACGGCAUUGCUACUUCAAACGGGAACGGAAGCUGAAGUUCUUCAAAAUCUACUCGCCAGCAAACUGUGAACUGGAAUGUUUGACUAAUUAUACCCUGAAGGUAUGUGGAUGCGUUAAAUAUUCGAUGCCCAGAUCCGCCGAAGAUCGUAUUUGUCAAACGUGGGAGCUUAAAUGUAUCAUGAUGGCUCAGUUCGGGAAUUCUAAUACUGCAAGUGACUGCAAUUGUUUGCCGGCCUGUCAAUCGGUUCAAUAUGAUUUUGAACUUUCGAAGACGACUCACAACCAUCAGGCCACAAACGCUAUGCGCUACAAACAGUUUCGGAAUGCCGAUUCAUCCCUUAAAAAGCCUAUCUAUCAAUACGUAUCGGUCGCAAUCUACUUCAAGGCUGAUCAAAUCAUACCGAUUCAGAGGACCGAGCUUUACGGUUUAUUGGACGUGAUCGCCGAUUGUGGUGGCUUCUUGGGCCUCUGCCUGGGAGUCAGUUUGCUGAGUUUGGUGGAGCUGUUCUACUUUUGUGCCAUUCGACCUUUUCGGAAUCGAUACAGCAUUGACCAGUAA